AUGGUAGCCAAUAACUAUCUAAAUGAUGGUAUUCCAAAUACUGAGGUUGUAGAGCUCAUUGUUUUAGGAUUUACUGGAAAACUGCUACUUUGGUGGAACAAUUGCUUAACAAAUGCUUCCAAAGAAGAUAUUAAACAUGCUGUUCAAAAAGAUGCGGAUGAGAACCCCAUCUUUGACGAACGCAUAGGAAGAGGAGUUCCCGAUGGAGUCAAUACCCUGAUCUAUACGAUCAUGAAACACUUCAUAGGCAAACCUAGCAAUAUCACAUCUAGAAUUUAUGACCAGUUGAGUAACCUUAGGUGUAAAAACCUUGGGGAAUACCGGUGGUAUGAAGAUGUGUUCACCACUCGAGUAAUGCAUAGAAGUGAUUGCAACUCUCCAUUUUGGAAGGAGAAGUUUAUCAAUGGCUUACCCACACUGUUUGGGCAGAAGGUUAAAGAAACUCUUGCAGGAUCUUUGGGUGUCAUAGAUUAUGAUGACCUGACCUAUGGAGACAUCUCUAGCACGAUCCGAAAUGAAGGGAUGAAGAUGUGUAGAAAUCUUAAAAUCCAGAGUCAGGCCAACAAGAGCAAAGCCAAGUACGAAAUAGGAAAUUUCUGUACCCAAUAUGGCUUACCUUCAAUCAUUCCCAAAAGGAAAUCUAAACACAGAGGCGAAGAACCCUCUGAGAAAUCCCAUAGGAAGAAACCUGCCUCCAAACAUUAUCGAAAACAUAAGUUUAAACCUGAUGAUUUUUAUAAGAAAGGCAGAUCCCAAUCUAGGACCCAACCUAUAGGCAAAUUCCCACCUAAAGCAUUAGGAACAUGCUACCAGUGUGGAAAGAAAGGUCAUUUCAAAAAAGAUUGUUAA